CUCAUUGCACUCCGCGCCGCUUCCCGCUCGCCCAGCGCAUCCGUGUUCACGCCCUCGGCCGCCAUGAGCCUCGCGGACCUCGUGACCGUCAUCAACGACCUCUCGGCCGCCAGCCAAUUCAACCAGCUGCUCACGCACCUGCAGUCGCAAGAGGAGAUGAUGAUUCAGCAGCUACCGCAGCUGGACGAGGUUCUCCCCGCGCUGCGCCCGAUGGAGCACUCGCUCGGCAUGGUCUUCAUCCUCAAGGCCAAGGCGGCUGCCGUGCCCCUCUCCAACCUGCAGGCGGUGCACACCUUCCUGCAGCAGUGCCGCCGCCUGCUGCUCGAGGGCGACCCUGUGCAGGUCCAAAUGGUGCCCUCGCACUUUGCCACCGUCUGCGCCAAGUUUGCCAACGCGGCGGUCGCCAUCGCCGCGCCCGCCGCCGCCCUCCGGCCGCUGCAGCACGCGGCGCAGGUCCUCCAGCCCUCGCCGGCGCACUUCACGCCCGUGCACACCGAAGUGCUGCGGGUCGCGCUGCUUGCGCGGCACUACCCGGCCGCGGCGCGGCUACUCGACGCGUCCGACUUGCUCGAGGUGGCCAAGGAGAAGACGGGCGUUGCUCCGCGCGACCUGCUGCUCUACCACUACUACGCCGGGCUGGCCUGCUGCGGCCUCCACCGCUUCAGCGACGCGGUGCGGUACUUCACCCUGUGCUACACCGCGCCCACGCACGUCGUGCACGCGGCGAUGGUCGAGGCGUACAAGAAGUGCGUCCUCGCGUCGCUCCUCGCCACCGGAGAGCAGCCUGCGCAGCCAAAGUACACGGCGCUUCCGAUCCAGCGCUACAUCAAGACUGGCGUGCCGGCCUACUCGGAGCUGGCGGAGGCGUUUGCAACGCGCAGCCCGGCCGAGCUGCGCAGCGCGAUCACAAAGCACGAGGCCACAUUCGCGCGCGACCGGAACCUCGGGCUGGCGCGCCAGUGCGUCGGCGCGCUCGUGCGGCGCAGCAUCCGCAGCCUCACGCAAGCCUACCUCACGCUCUCUCUGGCCGACAUCGCCGCGGCGGCGCAGCUCGAGUCACCGGCGGAGGCCGAGGGACACGUCGUCGCGAUGGUCGCCGCGGGCGACAUCUCGGCAACCAUCGACGAGCCGCAAGGCAUGGUGCACUUCUCUGAGUCCGCCGACGCCUUCGACUCGCCCGGCGCCGUGGCGGCGAUGGAGGCCUCCAUCAGCGGAGCCAUCGGGGUGGCGACCAAGCUGCAGGCGAUGCACGCGCAGCUCUGCACCGACUCGCAGUAUCUCUCGCGCGUGAUGCGCGAGCGCGUCCAGUCGCGUUGGGAGGAUGACGGCAUGGGCAUGGGCAAAUGAGCCGGCUCGCGCGGGCUGCGCCGCCCGCGCUCGCCGUGCCGGCGCCGUGGCCGCAUCUUGCUGCUAUUGUCGGGAGUUACGUAUGCGCUGACUUCGCUGGCCAACCGUGGGGGCGAGGGGAGAGGGGUCUGCACGCAGGAAGACGAGAGGGCGCUAACGCCAAGCACCGCACAGGCGUCGCGCCGUUUGCCCUGGCUGGGCGCACCAGGUACUUGAGACCGCCACCGGUAGCGGUACGCCACAAAAGAGCCCAGUUUGUCCGUCUUGCGCACGCUCUACCUCGUCUUUCUACACGGAAUUCAUUACAGUAGGAGUAACAAAC